AUGAAGCAACCUGAUACAAACAAGGAAUCCAAUGGCAGUAGUGGUGGAAAAGGCAGUGGUCGAGUCCGGGGAAAGAGGCGAAACUGUCAUGUAUUGCGUUUUAAGGAUGUUGCCAAGGAUGCUUUUAGCUUGAAUGCAGCUUUGUUUCUCUCAUUGAAGAAACGUAAGAACAUUUCAAUGUUAUGUACAUUUGGUUAUCCGCUUUUGCAAAACACGGUUUUCCUUCUAUUUCAAAUCGUGACUCCAUACUUUUCCAUUCAGGUUGUGCUGGUAUCUCAAUUGCUUUGUUGGACAGGACAGUUUCUUGGCCAUGGAAUGUUCGAGAAACGAGCACCCGCGUUGUUGGACAAUCUUGUUCAAGCUUUUCUAAUGGCUCCUUUCUUUGUUUUGCUCGAGGUUCUUCGAUCAUUAUUCGGAUACGAACCAUAUCCUGGUUUUCACAUGCUUGUAAAUGCAAAGAUCAAAGCCGAAAUCAAGGAGUGGCAGGACAAGAAACAGAAAAAGGUUUCUUAGGUUAAAUUGUUGUAAGCUGUAUGUUUGGUAAUGAGUAAAUUUAGGUUAAAGUAUAAUGUAUUGUUGUGGUAUUAGUGUUGUAAGGCAACAUUGCAUGAGUAGUAUAUAAUUAUAAUGCAUUUAUGUAGGUAAUUUUAAUAUGUAAUAUACGUAUAAAGCAUAUAUAUAUAUAUAUAUAUAUAUAUAUAUAUUCAUACUUACAUCAAAGUUCUUGAUUGAGUU